AUGCAGUUCCAAUCAGCCAUAGUGUUAUUUGUGCUACUUCAAAUCGUUCACCCCGCACCGAACGAUGGAAAAUAUAAUCCUCGAAAGUAUAACAAAAAUGGGAAAUACGUUCACCAAGGCGAAGGAGACUACACAGAGGACCUGAGCCGGUAUAAGUAUGUCCACUACGACGACGGCGAUCGUGGCAGAUAUUUCCACGUACAUAUACCAUACGAUGGAGGCUUCGGAAACUACGAAGGAGGCCACGAACCAUACCGUUUUCCACCGUACGACCCAGCGGGCGAAUACGCAGAAUUAAUCAGCAAAUACUCAUCCGACCCUCAUCCAUCGGUGUCCGAAACGAACACCGCGUCCAGUGUACUCGAUGUUCGAAAGUCGCUACUUCCGGGACCGGGAACGGCCUAUCUGCCCGUGCCAGACCCAAGCUUGGAUGUGCGGAAAUCGUUACUCCCAGGACUCGGAACAGCGUACCUCCCGGUGCUGGGCCCCGACGAAAACAGCCUCGCAAUCGGUUCAUCACAAAAGAAUUCAAAAUUCGUAACAUACAACGGCGCGGACGGCGAUCGCAAUACUUUGACUACACAUUCCGAUACCACCACGAUCAACACAACUCCUACUCCUACCGACAUGCCGAGAGACGAAUCCCUCCACAACCAGCCGUGCUUUGCCACCAGCGGAACACUACAACUGUCGAAGACUUGAGCGAGUGUACGAGGUGUGUUCAAAAAGUAAUGAUAAUUUUGCAUUUACGCGGGCUACGUAUGUUCGAUUUUGGAUUUUUUUUUGUGGAGUUAUGUUGCUACACAUGUCAGUAACUUAUGGUGAAACGAUCGGCCAUUUUGAAUAAUCAGUCAAUUUUUGACAGCUGGUUUGCUAGGUCAAGGUUUAGCUCAUUUUCGUCUCUUACAAAAAAAUGGAUGGCAAAGAAUUUUCA